CGAGCGUGGAGACACAACUCUACUAUCCCCACUCGUGUUUCGUAGUUUCGCCGGUCGACCGCACGUGUAGUGAAGUCCAAUUGCAAUAAUAGUUUUGGUUCUUUGUUUUCAAAGCGCUCAAAUUUGCAUUUAAACUCCCAGAAAUGGCCGCCGCUAUCAAGAAAAUCAUACCCAUGCUAGACCGCAUUCUGAUCCAGCGGGCCGAAGCUUUGACUAAAACGAAAGGUGGCAUUGUGCUGCCCGAGAAGUCUGUGGGCAAAGUUUUAGAGGGCACUGUUCUUGCGGUUGGACCCGGUGCGCGUAACUCCACGACUGGCAGUCACAUUCCCAUUGGCGUCAAGGAGGGCGAUCGCGUGCUGUUGCCCGAAUUCGGUGGCACUAAGGUCCAUUUGGAUGCCGACGAGAAGAAGGAACUGUUUCUUUUCCGCGAGUCGGAUAUUUUGGCCAAAUUGGAAUAGAAAUUGGUUAAGCCUAACACUCGUCUCAUAAUUCUAUGAAUUCUUUCUGUUUUUCUAUUACAUAGUACGUAAACACUCACAAUAAAACUGAUGCAAUGUUUUUGUUUGCAAACCAACAUCAAAAAUAAA